ACAGGUUCAGAGGAGAAAACAACAGUAUGGAACAGUAUUUAUAGACCAUACACAAACAGAAGGAAAGAGAAGACCUGUUAAAAAAAAAAAUCAAAGAAAGAAAAGUGCUGUACAUACAGAUCCCCAAUCAGCGUGAAUGGCAUUUACAAAGGAUUCAUUUGAAUGGAUUAAGUGGCUUUUCACAGCUGCCUGGUGGCUGCUAGUUGUUUUUUCAGUACAAGAGAUUGAUGGGGGAGGAUAUGCAUAUAUUGACCCAUGUGGAGGACAGGAUUGUUCAGUUUGUCGGUGCUUUCCAGAAAAAGGAUCAAGAGGUCAACCUGGUGAGCUGGGAGCUCAAGGUCCAAUUGGGUCCUUGGGAUCUACAGGACCAGCUGGUCUGCCAGGGGAAAAAGGACAGAGAGGUGAGACUGGGCAACCUGGGCCAUCUGGAGAAAGAGGUGAUAAGGGCCCAACUGGAGUCCCAGGAUUUCCUGGUUUAGAUGGCAUUCCUGGAUUACCAGGAAGUGGAGGACCCAGGGGCAAGCCUGGUUUAGAUGGCUGCAAUGGCUCAAGAGGAGAUCCAGGAUUUCCAGGCGAAAAUGGUUAUAUUGGACCACAUGGUCCUUAUGGGAAUCCAGGGCAAAAAGGAGAAAAAGGAAAUUCAGUGUAUGUUUCACAUUUUGGAAAAGGACCUCCAGGAGAUAGAGGUGAUCCUGGACCCCCUGGCACGCCCGGACCUAUAGGGUCGAGAGGUACACCGGGCCCAUCUGGAUACCCAGGCCAACUAGGCUUGCCUGGUAUUCCGGGUUACCCUGGUUUGCCAGGUGAACAGGGAAAUCCUGGUAUUGGAGUGGACGGACAAAAGGGGGAGCCGGGUGACAUUGGACUUCCUGGGCCACCUGGGUCACCACUGUUAGUUGGACCUCCUGGAACUCAGCUCUUCAAAGGAGAAAAGGGCCAAAAAGGACUACCUGGGGUAACAGGACACAGAGGACCACGUGGACCAAAGGGUAUACUUGGGAGAGGAGAAAAGGGUGAAAAAGGCAUUCCUGGAUUCCCUGGAUUGCGGGGUGAUCCUGGUUCUUAUGGACCUGCAGGUUCUCCUGGAAUGAAGGGGGAAAUAGGAUUUGCUGGGUUUCCUGGACAACCUGGCUACCCAGGCAUACAGGGGGAUCCAGGAGAAAAAGGCCCCCCAGGUCCUCCUGGAACUGUUGAAACUCCGCUGCUUCCUAUAAAAGGUCCACAAGGAGAUCCUGGAUUUCCGGGUCCUGCUGGUGAGACAGGGUCAGCUGGACCAAUUGGGCCUGCAGGCCUGCUGGGAAGACCAGGAGAUGAUGGAACAAGUCUGCCUGGCCUGCCAGGAGUAAGUGGAGCAGCAGGACCUCAAGGUUUUCAAGGUGACCCUGGUCCUCCUGGAACAGGUGAAUCAAUCCCAGGAAGAUCUGGAUUUCCUGGACCACCAGGCCUACCAGGACAGCCAGGAAGACAAGGCUUACCUGGACCACCCAGUGUGAUCUGUACUGACAGAGGGAUCCCUGGAGAACCUGGAAUAAAAGGUCAGAUGGGACUUCCAGGAAGAAAAGGGGAAAAAGGAGAAAAGGGAAAUCAAGGCCUCUGCGCUUGUAGUGCUGGUCCUCCUGGUCCACGUGGAAUGCAAGGACUUCCAGGUACUCAAGGAAGGAAAGGACAUAUGGGAUACCCUGGAAGAGAUGGAGAAAAGGGUGACCCAGGCCUAUCUGGUGCAAUGGGGUCACCAGGACUCCCUGGGCCACCUGGUUCUGCUGGACAACAUGGUGAAAAAGGAGAGAAAGGUGAUCCAGGAAGAGUUAGAAUAAAAGGAGCAAAGGGUGAAAGAGGUCCUGCUGGGGUUCCAGGAUUUCCAGGUCAAAGAGGUAAUGAUGGCCGAGAUGGGGAACUAGGAUUGCCUGGGGAAAAAGGAGCUGAGGGUGAUUCUGGAGUACCACUGCCAGGUGAUAAAGGAUUCCCUGGGGUCCCAGGCCUUCCUGGGGUAAAAGGACAAAUGGGAUUGCCUGGUUUUGGGUUUCCUGGCCCUCCAGGAAUCAGAGGCAGCCGUGGAGACUUUGGUGAUACUGGUAAUAUUGGGCCACCUGGUCCAAAGGGCCAGAAAGGUGAGACUGCCUACAUUACAUUACCUUACCCUGGAAAUCCAGGUCCCCCAGGUUUUAAAGGCGUUCAAGGACCAAAGGGUUUAAAAGGACUCCCCGGUCAUCCAGGACCAAACGGCUUUGAUGGGCAAAAAGGCCAUCGAGGCAGGCCAGGAGCAGGAAUCCCUGGGCCAGAAGGCUUUCGAGGCAAAGUUGGUGAUCCUGGUGAUGAAGGUGAAAGAGGAUCUACAGUUGAUGGUAAAAAUGGCCCUGCAGGUCCACGUGGCGUAGAUGGUCAGAAAGGUGUUGCAGGUGAUGUCACAUAUGGUCCUCCAGGAAUCCCAGGCAACAGGGGACUGCCAGGACCCCCUGGUGCACAAGGAGCAAGGGGUGAUCCAGGCAUUCCUGGGCCUCAAGGACAGCCUGGUGUCCCAGGAUUUACAGGUGCCAAAGGUUUUAGAGGACCAGAAGGUGAUAUAGGAGCACCAGGCUGUCCAGGCUUCCCUGGUCCACCAUGUGACACAGGCUUACCAGGGCCACCAGGACUUGUAGGUGUCAUGGGCCUGCCAGGACCUCAAGGCUUACCAGGCUUUAAAGGUCAAAGGGGGGACAGGGGCCUAGCUGGGCCACCUGGAAUCAAAGGUCUCAAAGGCUCUCCUGGCUCACAAGGUCCCCCAGGUCCUCCAGGCUCUCGAGGACUUCCAGGACUUCCAGGCAAUAAAGGACCACCUGGUUUCCCAGGAAAAGCAGGAAGCAAAGGGAUUCAAGGACCCCAAGGAUUCCCAGGACUCCCAGGAACACAAGGCCCAAUGGGGAUCUCUGGUGUUAAAGGAGAAGAAGGAGAAAUGGGUCCACCUGGGCCUAGUGGAGAAUGUGGGGAUAUGGGAAUAAAAGGUGAAAGAGGGCCUCCAGGAGACAGUGGCUGUAUUAACAUGCAUCUUGAGAAAGGACAAAAUGGGGAACCAGGGUUUCCUGGUGAGAAUGGAUUUAGAGGUGAAAGAGGUGAAAAAGGCAAUACUGGUUUCAGAGGCACCCCAGGAUUUCCAGGGAAGAAUGGUGUCCCAGGACUGCCUGGUGACCAUGGUGACACUGGAUUGAUGGGGUUUCCAGGAUCACAGGGUUUCCCAGGACCAAAGGGCUUAAAAGGAAUUACGGGUUUUCAAGGACAACCAGGUGACCAGGGUGACCAUGGCUUACCAGGAAUCCCUGGCAAUCCAGGACCGCCUGGCCCAAAAGGAUCCAAAGGCAAGAGAGGUGACCCCACUCCUCUGACUGGUACACAUGGUCCAAAAGGGCAUACUGGAGAUCCAGGAUUACCAGGACUCCAUGGAUUCCCAGGAGACAAGGGUUCACCAGGUAUCCAAGGGCAACCAGGAAGACCAGGAUCCAAGGGUGACCCUGGAAACCCAGGAAUACCUGGACUUCCAGGAGCUACAGGUCCUCAGGGAUUGCCAGGAGAACCUGGAGAAAAAGGGAAACAUGGAAUUUUGGGACCUCCAGGACUGCAAGGAUUAGCUGGAUCCCAAGGCAGAAAAGGUCUUCCUGGACUGCCCGGACUGGAUGGCUUGGAUGGACUAAAAGGUCAAAAAGGUUCUGCAGGAGCUCCAGGUCAAAGUGAAACAGGGCCUCCAGGAUACUCAGGAGAAUUUGGACCAAAAGGACAGAGAGGUGAACCUGGAUGGCCUGGUAUUUCUAUUCCAGGCCCUCCUGGAGAAAGAGGAUUCCCAGGAUUCCCAGGUAGAAGAGGACCUGUUGGACCCACUGGACCUAUGGGAAGAUCUCCUGAUAGUGCUUCUCCUGGUCCUCCAGGUGAUCAGGGACCACCUGGUUUAGAUGGCAUCAGAGGUCAUCCUGGGAAUCCUGGUCCUCCUGGAGAGACUAUCUUUGUGCGGGGAGAUCCAGGUGAUACCGGUCAUCGAGGGGCACCCGGUAAUCCUGGGCAGCGAGGGCGACAGGGAGCCAGAGGUCCUCCAGGGAACGAAGGAAGAGAAGGCCUAAAAGGCCCUAUGGGAAGCCAUGGCCCACAAGGUCCACCUGGUGCUACAGGACAACCAGGAGAUGAAGGUCUUCAAGGAAAACCUGGUCCCAGAGGUCCCACAGGUGACCCUGGUGAACCAGGAAAAACAGAUGAUUCGUGCCCUACAAUCCCAGGGCCUCCUGGGGAAGCAGGGCAAAGAGGAGAUGACGGCUCUGCGGGAUUACCAGGGCCUAUAGGACAUCCUGGACCUCAAGGACAAAAAGGUGAAGAAGGGUCAUGUGGCCUGCCAGGUCAGGAUGGCUUACCUGGGGUACCUGGACCACCAGGUGACCAAGGACAUAUAGGACAGCAAGGAUACGCUGGGCCACGAGGUCCACCUGGCCAGACUGGUAUCCCAGGACCACCAGGCCCCCAUAUUAGAUCUGCAAGUGGAUUCUUGCUUGUCCUUCACAGUCAAUCAGACAAAGAACCACUCUGUCCGCACGGGAUGCCAAAAUUAUGGACUGGCUAUAGUCUGCUGUACCUGGAAGGACAAGAGAAAGCUCAUAAUCAAGAUCUUGGUCUGGCAGGAUCUUGUCUUCCUUUGUUUAAUACCAUGCCAUUUGCUUACUGUAAUAUCAACCAAGUUUGUUACUAUGCCAGUCGAAAUGACAAGUCUUACUGGUUGUCGAGUGCUGCUCCUUUACCAAUGACACCACUCUCUGAAGAAGAAAUACAGCCAUAUAUAAGCAGAUGUGCUGUAUGUGAGGCUCCAGCCCAAGCAGUAGCAGUUCACAGCCAAGAUCAGUCAAUUCCUCCCUGCCCACGGAACUGGAGGAGUCUUUGGAUAGGAUAUUCCUUUUUGAUGCACACUGGAUCUGGUGAUCAGGGUGGUGGACAGUCCCUUAUGUCACCUGGAAGUUGCCUAGAAGACUUCAGAUCAGCACCAUUCAUUGAAUGCCAGGGUCAGCGGGGAACAUGCCAAUUUUUUGCUAACGAAUACAGUUUCUGGUUAACAACUGUGGUACCCGAAUUGCAGUUUGCAUCAGCUCCCCUAUCAGGAACUCUUAAAGAAGGACAAGAGCAGAGAAAAAAAAUCAGUAGAUGCCAAGUAUGCCUGAAACAUGGCUAACAAGCAAUACAAACCCAAUUAAAACUAAUUGAAAAGAAAUAGUAGCACAGUGAUAAAACAGGUGAACUUACCUGUGUGAUGAAUAGAAGAAGUGUUAGGUCAAUUGUCUGAACUUGAAGCUACUAUGUUUUGUCCAUUUUUUUAUUAUUUUUUUUUUUUUGGUAAUACACCACCAAAAAAAGAACCAUCACCUAUAAGAUACUUAUGGAACCAUAGCUCUGGAGAUGCUUUUUAUUUUAUAAAGCUUUGAUUAUGAAAAUGUUUAUAAGCCAAAGCACUAAUCACCAUUUGAAAAAAAAUUAAAAAACAUUUAUGCCUCCUUCAUUCAGCUAUAAACCCAGAACUGCUAAAUGUGUAUUUCAAUCAUGGUGAAACUACUGAAAACACAGAUAAAUGGAGAAUUCAUUAUGUGCAGAAAGGCCACAAAUGCUCCUUUUACUACUUAAAUGAGCUGCAUUUUAAUAGAAUGGAAUAAAACGUUUCCCAGCACUUUCCAGUUUGUGUUCACUAAGAGAGGUGCCCCAGCAAAAGGAUUUUCAAGAAAACUAAGAUCCACAUCCAAGGGCCCUAAUUCAAAGCAAACUCCCUCUGAAGCCAUCACAACUACAACAGGCUGAUCAGCCAAUUUAAAGUUGGAUACACAAACUCAAAGAGCAGGAAAAACAGACAUUCCAGUCUCAGGCACAGGAAAAUAAAACAGUCAGAGGUAAGUCCAUUCAAGUGUAAAUACAUUCAGAUGGUGCUACUUCCUUCUGACAGGUUGAAGACAAGAUGGAAUAAGGAGUAAGACAAGUAAAACAAGUAAAAUAGAUUUUUGAA